CCAGCAACUGCGGCUUUGCCAAUUGCAGCCAGACAACAACAACAACAACAACGCCCACACAUCCCCCCCCCCCUUCACCGCCGUCAUGGUUGUGGUUGGCCUGCGCAAGUCCGACAUCAGGCUGACGGAGCUGGUUUCCUUCAAGGGAGGCUUUGGCUUCUUUCACGGCGUGGCCCGUGUCCGUGCGGAUUCCACGUUUCACCCCAUCAGCGCCAAGCUUCUCAAGGAAGGCUACACGCCUGCGGAGCGCACGAACAUUGUGGAAGAGGCGACCAUCCUCAGCGACCUGCGGCACGUGAAUGUGCUCAGUGUUCAUGGCAUGUCCAAGGAUGGGCCCAUCAUCCUCGUACACGAGCCCACCAAACGCGGGUAUCUGAGCGACUUCCUUGCCAAGAACACAACCGACAACAGUUUGCUCCGCAAGAUUGCGCUCGAUAUCGUAGACGCCCUCAUCUACCUGUCAAGCCGCAACGUAGUGCACUGGGACGUGGCAGCGCGCAACGUACUGGUAACUGAGGAUGUGCGAUGCAAACUGGCCAACUUUGCCCGCCGAAAGGAGGCCGAUGAUCCGGCGCCCGAGGGAUGGUACACCGCGCCGACACAGGAGCGCCUCAUGAGGUGGUCGCCGCCCGAAGUCGUUGGUCGCGAGACGCAGCAGCAGCGCCGCAUGUCCGUACAGGAGGACAUCUGGGGAUUUGGCCUCUUCCUCUACGAACUCUUCACUGCUGGUCUGCAAGACGCUGCAUCGAACCGCUCAUCGCUGUAUGAACCGCUCGCUGAUGACGGUGACGGCCAGCCCGCGGGCGAUGAGGAGGAGGAGGAGCCAAACCCAUACGCCCACCUCAUGUUCGAGGACGAAGUGCCAAAGGACGAAAUUGCGACGGAGAAUGAGAGCCUGCGACAAGAGAUGGAGCGCCUGCGCCAGGAACUUCUUUCCACGCUCGGCGAGAUCUCCGUCAGCUCUGGACAGGACACGCACCGCGUCAAGCAGGACUUCUCGUCCGCCUACCAGCUGCCGAGAGAGCUGUUGGAGCAACAACAGCAACAACAGCAACAGCAGGCACAGAUGCAGCAGCAACAACAGGCGCACUUGCAGCAGCAAAUUGAUCAAUGGCAAGCACGACAAGCACAGCAUGAGCAGCAACAGCAGCAUGCGUCGCCCUGGCAACAGCAACAACAGCAACAACAACAGCAGCAGCGUCGACGCAGCAGCGGCGGUGUUGCCGGGUUCAGCGGUACCGGAUAUGAGCCCGAGGUGUAUGACGUGAGCGAGACAGGGGUGGAGGAGGAAGAGUUUGGCUUCAAGACGCAGCAGAUGUUCGCAGGGUUCUUCUCGACAAACAACUCCACCACCGCCACCCCAGCAGCACCGGGCUCAUCGUCAUCGAAACAGCUCUCAAGUGGAACGGCAUCAAGAUACCAGCAACAGCAGCAAUACCAACCACAGCAGCAGCAGCCGCCGCGGCAACAGCAGCGGACACAGGACCGCCCACAGUUGUCGUGGCGUGAGAGGCAGCAACAGAUGCAGCAACCGUCACCGUACCAGCCACGCCACCAGCAGCAACAGCAGCACAGCAGCGGUGGAGACGGAAGUGCACCCGCACCCAUGCCGCUCGUCAGCUUUGGAGCGAAGCAGCCAUCGUCGCAAUCAGCCGUCACUGCACCGCCACCGCCACCAUCAUCAUCUCAACAACAACAGCAGCACCAGCAGCAGCACCAGCAACAACAAGAGGACACGUCCGACCGUGAUCCAAACUUGAUCACGCCCCCAAAGCGGAAGAUCUUCGACCUCUCGGCCUUCACCAACUGA